GUCAGUAGCUGUUGGUGUUCUUACAGCGCCGUUAGCGACGCAGCUAAUGAAUUCUAACUGAUAAUGUACUGGUGAGACAUAAAAUAACAUGUUAUGACACCACCAUUGGACAGUGACAGAUGUAUUUGAUAGGUGACGACCGUGACCAUGGUGCUGCGUUUUGGUGUUUUGUUGUUGCUGGUGCACUUCUCUCAGGUCCAGCCUUUUCUGGAGGCUUCUGAUGUUUUCUCUGUACCUGAUGAAUGGGUCCUGCUUCAUGUUGUCCAAGGUCACAUUGGGGCUGGCAACUACAGCUACCUGCGUCUCAACCACGACGGUCGAAUCAUCUUGCACAUGCGCAGCCUCAAGGGUGAUGCCGAUCUGUAUGUGUCCGACAAGACGCUGCGCCCGGACUUUGAUACUUAUAAGCUACAGUCUGCCACUUGUGGCCACGAUGUGGUGGUGGUUCCAGGCGACUUUGUUAGACCUGUGGGCAUUGGCAUCUAUGGACACCCCUUCUACAUGGAGAGCGAGUUUGAGAUGAAGGUGUUUUAUGAUCAGACAGCUUUGACCGAGGAUCUGUUUCAAAGGGAGUCCCAGGAUGAGGCUCCUGAACAGCCCAAGUACCGACAGCAGGGCACUGAGGAUGAUCAGGAGGAGGAGGAGCCCAUUGUAUGGACCAUUCUUAUUGGAAUACUCAAGAUAAUACUUGAAAUUUUGUUUUGAUUAUUGUUGUGCUCUUACGCCAAUAAUAUUUUGCCUUUAGAUUUUGCAUUUUAGCAAAGAGCACUAGGAUAGAACUCAAAUCACUAAAGGUAAAAGAUUUUUGAUAAAUAUGGGUUUAAUUUUUAUCCAAAUCUACAUUUUGUAAUAUAUAGCAGCUUACAAGUAAUAAACCAUUUUAACCCCCUUUAAACACUGACAACAAUACUUAGUUUACCCUCCAGUAAACUCUGAUGGGGAUUUAUUUUCACUAAUAUUGCUGAUUUUUUGUUUUUACAAAUUAUUUGAAGUCUGCUGCAGUUCUGAGCCCUAUGCAAUUAGUAAAAUCAAAGUGUGUGAAGAAUAGCAACUGUGCCUUGUGUAAAUAUAUUUCUCCUGAGAAAUGGAAAGGUAUAAUUUCAUGCUACUGUAAUGUUUGUAACAUUUUCAAAUAAAGGCAAGCACUUGAGCAAACGGUUA